GGUUGAUAUCCUCCCGAGUUGUUAGUACAGUGCGCGGGCGCUGGUACAGUGCGUUUACCGCUCACUGCACACUGGCCGCCCCGUAGACAAAGGUUGCCCCGCCUUGUAGGCCCAGCUCAAUGAGAGCCCCGCCAUCGAGCAAGGUACGUCGCCUCCAGCCUCUCCUCGUCAUUUUUGCGCCGACGCGUCCUAGCCCUGUUCCAUUCCCUUCUUUUCUGCUUGCACCGUGAACCAUUGCGAAAGCAUCGCACUGCGCAACGUCCGGGGUGCUACAGGGAGGGACUCGUCUGAGUCUGCGGUUGCGUUUCGUCCGUUACAAUGGCUACGUUGGGACUGGACGACGAUGAGCUCAAGGCGCUCGAGCAGACGCUGGCCAGGCUGGCACAGCUGUCGAGCAGCAUCCAGAGCUUGAAAAUGGACCUCAUCAAGAGCAACCCUCUGCCGCCUCCAUCCUCCCUUCAGGCAUCGGCCCAGAUCCUGCAGCGCAACCUACAGACCGUCCUCGAUAGCCUGAGCGAGAACUCGGACAUCUUGACUCGUAUGGCCAUUCAUCCCUCGACCAACUACCCCGGCCGCACGCAGGAGAACGUCCUGACGCAGCUGCUCCGCAAGAAGCUCGAGCCGGACGUCGAGGAGCUCGUCGCCGACGGUCGCGACACUGCCCGUCUCGCCACCCCGGCCGGUAUCGAGGAUCUGCAGGACAUCUGGCACGAGCUGCGCGAGUGGACCCACGGUCGCAUCGCCGAGUACGUCCGUGACGAGGCCGGUGACGUGUACACGGCCGAGGAGCGCGCCGCCGGUACGGAGAGCGUGCGGACGGGCCUGCGCCGGGAUGUGGAGGAUGAGGACGACAGCGACGACGAGGAAGACGACAAUGCAGGCGGUGAGGGCGAGUCUGCCGCCGCGCAGCUGGCCAGGGGCCCCGAGCCGGAGACAAUGCUGUGGUUCGCGGCCAGGGGAGACUUUGAGGUGCCGCGGAACGUCGAGUAUGAGCGCAAGGUGGGCGUCAAGAAGGGUCUAGAAGGCGUCAACAUCCCCCCCGAGCCGAUGCAGGGCGUCGGUUUUUCGUAGGAUGGCCGGCUACGCACCCGACGUCGGUCGAGCAUCGAGAACGUCACGAAGAAUGGCAAAAGGGGGUGGCUAGCGGUCCGGACCGAGGAUGCUCUAGGGCUAGAGCUAAGCUGGGAAGUUGUUUGAGGCCUACAUAUUGUACAUGAUACCAUGAGACUGCGACAAAGGCUGUCCGCAGCAAUACGUUUACGAUAUGGGGAUAUUGGGUAAUCUGUUCUGAGACCUAAUGAUGGCGCACUGCCACGAAUCUUAUCCCACGAAUCUUGCUCUCAAUUUUGUAUUAUGUCCUCCCAGCAACCUUUCAGCUUCGACUACGA